AAAAAAGAUUCUCACAGAACUUGUUUGUUUUUAAAAUUUACUCAAAGGCCCUUUAUUGGGCUGUCCUGUACCGCAGAGCAGAGAAUUGGGCUGAUCAAGGCAACUGAAAUGACUGACUGAGCCCAAUUGGUCUUGGACUCUUUUAGUUUCGGGCUAUCAAUGUUCUUUUAUUCUUUUAAUUCUUUUGAUGAUGAUGGUAUCGAACAUACUGAAACAAAUUUUCUUAUGGUUCUUGGAAAGUUACCAAGAAAACCCAAAUUUAAAACAUGAGUCUUGGUAACAGAGGUACUGAAAUUUACAUAAAGUACCAAUUCUUAGUACAUGCUAUCAUUUUGGUAUCUCUCCAAGGAUGGUAACAAAGCUCUACUAAUUAACACAUCCACAUCAAUCUAUAUCACUGGUUGAGAAGUUUAGCAAGAUGCCAUUUUAAUAAUCUGUUAACCACGGCACUGUCUAGCAGGUUAAAGAGCCAUUGAACAACUGCCUUCGAUUAAACAAUGCAGCGCGCACGGAGAGCAUGACAUUAUCUUAGAUCCUCAAAGAUUUCGCACAUAUAUACUAUAUGUACACGUACAUACAUAUGCCUAUAUCUGUUUGGAGAUUCCAGUUUAUGACUUGAGUUAUCUAUGACGCACGUACGAGCAUGCGCAAGGGCAGAAUACGUGCAGGAGACAGUGCAUUUGACCUUCCCGUUGUGCACUCGUGGGAGCCUUUCCUUAUGGCUCAAUCAGAUCAGAUUUGUGACAUGUCGCUGUGCUGCAAGUUACAGUGACCUAGGCACCCUUCUCGUAUUUUUCUCAGCUCCUCUCUUAAAGUAUUUGCGUCACAAUAUGCAGUAGUGCUGUUUGGCUCAGCUACUACAUUAGUGCUAUUACUUUUCCACAGCAGAAGCUAGGGUGAUGCCAAGUGGUAUGACUUUGCAGCAACUUAUGAGUAACAAAAGGAUGAGAUGAACUGAGAAACAGAACUUGCCUCUUACCACUUUACCAGAUGCUUUCAUGAGUUAGAUUCUGCAAAAGCAGAGGCUGUGCCAAUGAGGGGGGCUAUAAUUUCUAAUGCAGUCAAAUAUGUUCCCAGGUAAAAGUAGAACACGAGGGCUACACUUUCUAAUGGAUGUUUUUGACUUGCUAAAUGAAGGGAAAAUACACCCUCAAACUAAUUAAACAACUAAGAAUUCAACCCAUCAUAAUUUAUCGAUUCUUUACCAGAACAAAAACAAAAUAUUUUAUGAUCUAGCCCAUUUCAUACCACAUUCUAGUGGAUCAGAAAUUCUAAAGUCAACUCCAAUACCAUGGGCAACAAAACUCCUCCAAGCUGUGCCGCAGGGUAUAUGCUCAACUAAUAAAUGCGUUGUUAAACUUUCCUUAUGCCUAAUCCCUCUAACUAAUCUGCUGUUAUUCUUAAUCACAUCCAUGCUUUUCAACGGAUAAAAUUAAAAACAUUUCGCCCAACUUGCAUGGCUUAUAUAUAGCCAAUCCCAAGCAAUUAAGCUAAGGCUCCCCAAGAAUCUAAGAUCCCAGCACGAUCCUCAGCUUGCAAACGAAAUCAGCCGCCUGCACUGCGCGCGCACGGGUCGUGCCAGAAGCGAGCUACGGCCUGGUGAGCCAUGUCGCUGUCGUCGAGCUCCAACUCUCUGCCCUACUCCACGGACAAGGGCGGCUACAGCACCAACGACACGCUCAUCCUCCUCGGCAUCGGCUUCGGCGCCACCGCCGUCUCCGUCCUCAUCAUCGUGCUCUGCGAGUGCCUGUGCUGCCGCCGCCGCCGCGCCGGGGGCACCGUCGUGUACGUGGCGGCCCGGCCGUUCUUCAUGCACGGCGCCACUGACGGCGAUGGUGGCGCCGGGCUGAGCCCCUCCGCCGUGGCCACGCUGCCGUCGUUCGUGUUCCGCAGGGGCGCGGCGGUGGGCGGCGGCAGCGGCAGCAGCAAGGGCGACGACCGCGGCGAGGGCAGUGGGCGCGGGUGGGCGCAGUGCGCGGUGUGCCUGAGCCUGGUGCAGGAGGGGGAGGUGGUGAGGCGGUUGCCGGCGUGCAUGCACCUGUUCCACGUCGGCUGCAUCGACAUGUGGCUCCGCUCCCACUCCACGUGUCCUCUAUGUCGGGCUACGGUGGAGCCUACCAAGGAGGCGUCUUCAAAAGAGCAGCCGCCUCCGGUGUAACGCAAGCGUCGGCCAGUACAAUGAAUGCGUAAAAAAUAGGGUUCUUGGCAGUGGCGAAUCAGAGAAAAAAAAAAAGAGCAAGGCUAGUCCUCUCCUUCUUCCUCCUUCCUUUUCUCCUUUUCUUCUUCCUCUUUCUCUUCUUCUUUCUCUUCCAUAUCUAAAAAUUGAAGCUCGAAGUGAACCUAGGGUAGGACGGUUUGAGCCCCAACCCCACCGGUGGAUCCGCCGUUGGUUCUGGGAAUGUACAAUGAUGUACGAUGUAUGUGUUGUGUAUACGACUAGCUAUAAAAGUUUUGUAUCGUGUUCUUCCUUCUCAGAGGCUGUUUGCAACGGAGGAGUUUUUCCCAAUUAAUGUGGGAAUUGAAGUGACUCUUAUGAUUGCUAAAAAUGCGUUAGAUUCUCGACCAAG